CUAUGCAAAAAUUAACACACAAUAUUAUCCGCUAAAGUUCAUUUUUCUUUUCUUUUUCGAGAAAACUAUGAUUUACAUCCAAUCAUAAUAACAAAAAACUCAUUUCCUGAUGACAACAACUCUAAUCCCACAAAUUCUCACUAGCAUCGCAACAUAUUAUAAACCCCCAACACUAAACCCCACAAUUUCUUCAACAAAAAGGAGACACCUUUGUUGUUGUUAUCAUAACCAAGGUUUAAGAUUGUGUUAUGUUCCAAGUAAAAGAUUAUUAUCUAAAGAUGGGUUUUAUGGCAAGAUUAAUAAUAAGAAAAAAAGGUUGGUAAUUUUAAGGUCUAAUAAUCUUAAAUUCAAUAAUGGCGGUGGUGGAAAAGAUGAUGAUGAAAGUGAGAAAUCAAAGGUUUUUGUGAAUCUUGCAUUGGCUGUUGGUUUGGCUUAUCUUUCUUUGACUGGUCAACUUGGGUGGAUACUUGAUACCAUUGUUUCUGUUUGGCUUUUUGUGGUGCUUGUUCCACUUGUGGGAUUGGGAGCUCUUAUUUGGUGGGCAAGUCGAGAUAUGGUCGAAAUCCAAUGUCGUAAUUGUGGGAAUGAAUUUGAAGUUUUCAAAUCUAUGUUAAAUGAUGAGCCACGGGUGUGUCCCUAUUGUAGUCAACCUUUUUCAGUGGUGGGUGAUGAGUUUAUAAGGGAUCCUGCGACAUACUCAAAAAAAUCUACAACAUUUGAUGGAGCAUUCAACGACUUGUUUUCUCAAACAAAGAAAGAAUACCUUCCGCAGGGAAAGCUUCUUCAAGAGCCGUCAUUGAUGUUGAAGCCGAGGUCAAAGAUGUUGAUUGAGCAUGUUGAUGAACAUAUAUACACGGACGUUAAUGAUGUACAUAAUUAUAUAAGUUGUUGUAAAACAUCAUAAAUUGUUGUCACACACUUUCAGAGUUUGACUUUAUAACGUUAAUGAAGUGGGGUUGCUAGGGUGCUGGGUGGUGUAGAUGAUUUUAUGUAUAUCGUCUUACAAAAGAUUUUGUAGGGUGUAUUCUUUGUUUCGCAACAAUUUGACUUGGUAACUCUGAAUCAUAGUUAUUAAAAAAAUUUUGGCUCA